AUGAAUGAUGCAUUCUUAAAUUUUGGAGACGAUCCUUUCAACCUUCCACACCUACCCGGCGAAGACUACCUCAGCCCGGCUGUCAUCGAGGACAUCAUGGCUCAGCAAGACCCGAACGACGUGGAGCAAAUCAUGUCGGGGGCAAUAUACCAGGCUCGCGUUGAGUUUCUGGCGAAGCGAAUAACAGCGAUUCCUAAGAUGUUCGCUGAGCAGGCGCAGACCAUGUUCAUCCACCGCCGGCUGUUCCAAGAGAAGAGCCCUGCGGCACUGCAGGACGCACUCAGCGCUUGCGCCCUGUACUGCCUGAAGAACCCAGAGAACCAAGCGUUGGUGUUCGCCAACUUGCAGCACAAGUCUCAGCAACUGAUCGCCCAGACGGAUCCUUUUCUGGCGUCAAAGGUUGAGCUUCUGGCGGCUGUACAGGCACUCCUUUUAUACCACAUCAUCAGACUCUUUGAUGGAGAUAUCCGGCUGAGAGCACAAGCAGAGGCGGACGAAGCAGUGCUCGUUAUGUGGGCGAAUCAGCUGAAAAUGCGGAUGCAUCAGUUGGUGCCCUCACUGCCCGCUUCAGCCGGGGCGCUUCUUCCGACUCAGAGCCGGCCGCAAGACUGGCAACGGUGGCUGAUUGAGGAGAGCACACGGCGAACCGUGGUGAGCACAUUUAUGGUGCGAGCAGUGUAUGAGUUCUUGAAGUUUGGCUACGACAAAGGGUCAGACCACAGGCUGAGCUUCACGGCACAGGCAGCACUUUGGAACGCGCAGUCAGAGUACGGGUGGCGGUCAGCGUGCAGUGAGCACGAGAAAGUCGAGGUCCGACUGGCGCAUUGGGAUGAUGAUAUUGCGAAAGCCAGUCCGAAUGACAUGGAGGAGCUCGGCAUUCUGGUCAUGGCAACGCUCUGGGGGAUGGAGACAACGGGCGAGUGGCUUGGCAAGGGCCACCUGGCGAGGUUCGGGCUAGAGUGA